UUCGACUAUUUAGUGUAGUAAGCAUUUCAGUAGGUUUGUUGCUUUCGUGAGUGGAGUACGCACACGAAUGCACAAAGUAGAAGGCCACCAGGGAGCACAAAAUCACCACGAUUAGUAUACAACAACAAGGGCACUUCGUAGAUCUCAACUUUCCGGCCGAUUGCAGCUACACCCUGCCAAUAAGUGUUCGUGAUCACGUAGUGCGCGCAUCAAGUGCCAGUAGUGCGCAAGCGGAGCCCGCGCAUGCAUGGUCGCAAUUAGAAAGCGAGCGACCGCCCGCCGUUGAUUGCUAUUAAUGAGUUUAAUUAUUCGCCUCGUCAUCGGCGGCUGGAUGCGGGAGCGCUGCAGCUGAAAGAUCCGUGCGCGUGAGUUCGAGUCUUCGGCGGCGGCGGCGGCGGCGGAGUUGACACUUGGGGCGUGAAGGUCCGCAGGCGCGCGAGAUGACCGAAUACAAGCUGGUGGUGGUAGGCGCCGGCGGCGUCGGCAAGUCCGCGCUGACCAUCCAGCUUAUCCAGAACCACUUUGUCGACGAGUACGACCCGACGAUAGAAGACUCCUACCGCAAGCAGGUGGUGAUUGAUGGCGAAACGUGUCUGCUGGACAUCCUCGACACCGCCGGCCAAGAGGAGUACAGCGCGAUGCGUGAUCAAUACAUGCGCACAGGCGAAGGCUUCCUCCUUGUCUUCGCCGUUAACUCAGCGAAGAGUUUCGAAGAUAUUAGUCAGUAUCGCGAGCAGAUAAAACGCGUCAAGGACGCUGAAGAGGUGCCGAUGGUCCUCGUUGGUAACAAAUGCGAUCUCUCCGCAUGGGCGGUUGAUACAAACCAAGCUAGAGAAAUUGCAAAGCAGUAUGGUGUACCGUUCGUCGAGACGUCGGCGAAGACGCGGAUGGGCGUCGACGACGCCUUUUACACGCUCGUGCGCGAGAUCCGCAAGGAUAAAUCGAGCCGCAGCAAGAAGUCCAACAAGCUGAACCUGAACCGCGGCCGUGGUUCCUUCCCGUUCAAGUGUGUCAUUUUGUAGAGACAUGUGUAUGGGGAAUAUCAUUUCACGCGCAUGUUUUUACUGGAAACAACCCGCUAUUCUAUAUCGUUGAAGUUAGUGCGCUGAUGUGUGAUAAGUGCGUGCGGAGACUUUUUAAUCGUUAAUCGUUCGUUUUUAUGAGAUAUGUGCAGAGGAUCAGCCCCACGAAAUAAUUCAAACUCCGUUUCGGUCUUGUUCUGCAAUUCUAAUUGAAUAAUUCGCAAUAGUUUUAAAUGUGAAACCAUUUGUCAAUCCCCACAUAUUGCAUAACUACCUACAUAUUUUAGCUAGCUAGAUAGAUAGAUAUUGAACAUUGGAAUAAUGUAUUUUUUUAUUUAUAAGGAUGAUAAGUGUAGCAUGUGGCGGACGACUCUCACUGUGCAUUUGAUAAUGCUAUCAAUCGAUAUCCGCUGAUAAUACACACGAUGCGCUUGUGUUUUGUUUUGUGAAGGUGGAAUAUAAGCAAUCUACUCACACACCACACACAAGUCCACUCAACCAACACGAAACGCAACGUUUUGUAAAUUACUUUCCCCUUCUAGGUGGCGAACUUCAACUGAUUCAAAGUGCAUUGUAUAUAAAUCGUAUAAAUUUGUACCAAACAAAUAAGAUUCUAAUUAAAUUUAUGACUGUUACAAUGAUGACGGGCAAAAAGAAACACACAAACACGUUGUGAACACGUUGGGAGAAUUACGAUUACCAAUUGAACUUUCAAUAAUGUUAAAAUGAUUAUUAUAUUAAACUAUUCGAUAUAAUGUAAUUACUAUUACCGCGGGCGUGCCGUCGGGCUGCCUGCUAUUCUAUAUAUUUUCAAUAUUAUAUUAAUAACGCCAAGUGCAACUGAAAUAUGAGAAAACAACAAACUAUUAUAAACGCAUACGCAUAAACUACGCAUAAUUCAUUGAUUAUGGACAAAAAUAAUAAAGAUUUCAAGCAUA